GGAAAUAAAGUGUACUGAUCUCUCUCAUUUCUUCAUGCAUUCAACUUCAUGCAAGAGAUGAAAGACCACAUUUAAUACCUCGUUGCCUGCCACAGCUGUACAAUAUCCAGUCGAAUUGGAUCGCUGCUGAUAUACAUUUGAUGCCAUUUACUGUGAGCAUUCAAGAUUUCAUAUAUAUAUAGAGUCGAACAGUUCCCAGUCUCCUGUCACGGUUCUUAGGUGAAGCCCGUAUUGGAUGAGCAUUCACCUACAUACAUUCAAAAUACAGUCCACAACAAUAUAAAAGUCUGAGUCAAAGCUGCAAAAUGGCAGAAUCUUCUGAUGACCAAAGUCCUUUUACCUGUCCAAUCUGUCUUCAUCUUCUGAAGAGCCCAGUAACUACAGCUUGUGGCCACAGUUUCUGUAUGGACUGUCUCAAUGAGUGCUGGGAUCGGGACGAUCAGAAGGGCGUUUACAGCUGCCCCCAGUGCAGGCAGACGUUCAGCCCAAGACCAGCUCUCAGCAGAAGCACUGUGCUGGCAGAAGUUGUCGAGAGAAUGAAGAGAGAAGCGCCAGAAACAGAAACGGCCUCUACUGUACCAUCUUUUGCUGUAUCUGGGGAUGUGGUGUGUGAUGUCUGCACAAAGACCAAAACAAAAGCCAUCAAGUCCUGUCUGACAUGUUUGGCUUCUUACUGUGAAUCUCACAUCAAAGCUCAUAAAUCUCCUGCGUUAAAGUGGCACAAACUGGUCAAUACCUCGCCACAUUUAAUGGACCAGAUCUGCUCUCAACAUCAUAAACCUCUGGAGCUGUACUGUUGCCAACAUCAGCAGUUGAUAUGUGUGCAAUGUGCUUUGAUCACCCAUCAGAACCACAAAAUUACUUCACCUGCUUCAAAAAGAGGACAAAUACAGGAACAGAUGGGGUCAAAUCAGAAUGUCCUAGAAAAAGAAAUGCAGACGCGAGCGCAGAAGGUGCAGGAGUUAAGAAAAGCUGUGGCCUGUUUUAAGCACUCUUCACAGACCGCAGUGGAACAUAGCGAGAAGAUGUUUACUGAGCUGAUCCGUUCCAUGGAGAAAAGACGAGCUGGGAUAACAGAGGUGAUCAGAGCAAAGGAGAAAGCAGAAGUAAGCAAUGUUGAAGAGCUCAUACGAACACUGGAGCAGGAGAUCAGUGAUCUGAGGAUAAGACAUGAUGAACUGGGGCAGCUUUCACAGAUAAAGGAUGACAUCUAUGUCAUUCAGAAUUUCUCUGCUCUUUCCCUCAAACAAUUUUCAAACUUGAACAACAUAUCCAUCAGCCAACAUCUGAAUUUUAAGGAAAUUGAAACAGUUGUCAGUUUGCUGAAAAGCCAACUAGAUGAUCUCUGUGUUCAAGACAUUGUGAGAAUAUCAGAGAAAGUUCCCACUAUCCAUAUAAUGACGAACAAUGAGAAGAUCGCAAAGUAUUUGCCAUCUCGACCCAUGUCCAGAGAAGAGUUCCUUAUAUAUUCCACUGAUCUGAAACUGGAUUCAUCUUAUGCCUGCAAACAGCUCUGUAUAAACCGCAUGUCUGUGUCAAGGAGGAGUGAUGUUCAACCACGCUCUGCUAGCCAAAGCUACUAUGGGAACAAUCCAGCUUUGGAAAUCAGAAACAGUACUUACCAGGUGUUGUGCAAAGAAAGUUUAUCUGGACGCUGUUAUUUUGAAGUUAAGUUGGGAGGAGCAGGUUGCUCUAUUGCAUUCUCAUAUGAUGCUCUUAGUCAAGGAGGGGCAGGUUUUAUCUUUGGCUCUAACAACAGAUCCUGGAAAUGUGAUUUUCCAACUGCUAAUGUUUGUGUGUGGCAAAGUAACCAACAGACUAAUAUUCCUGUGGUCUUUAAAAUUGGAGUGUUUCUUGAUCAAGAUGCAGGAACUGUGUCCUUCUACAAUGUCUCUGAUAAAAUGACCCUCCUGCACAGAAUCCAGACCACAUUCACUGCGCCCCUCUACCCUGGGUUUUCAUUUCAGAAUUGGGAAAAUAACUCAUCAGUGACAAUUUGUGAUCUUAAAAAGAAAUAAUCAUGUAAAUCCAAGGUUUUAUCCCCCUUGACUGUCAUUUCACCCCCCUAAAACUAUAAUUGCAUAUCAUUUUAUUUUAUUUUAAUUUUUUUAUUUUUGGCAAGAGUUGUCAAAAUGCGUGUCCUGACAACUAUCCACACAAACACAGUCUGUCUUAAGUGAAGGUAAACAACUAGAAAAUAUCGGAAAUGUGUCAAUAUAACAGAUCCAUGCUUGAGAUCUAAAGUGACAGCAUUUGUUAAUAAUGUUAAUCAAACAACAAAAGAAAAAGAGAGAAUCACUCACUGCUCUUAAUUAAAUAAUUGCUGUAGCUUUAUUAGGUAUCUGUGUGUAUUUACUGCAUACAGUAAUACAGUUUUCACAAGCACUGUAAAGUACGGUUUAAUUUGUAUCUUUGUUCUGUUGUAUUUGUGCUAUUGCUUGUAGUUUGUUUAUUUGUUCUUAUUUUAUUAUUGACUGUUUACUUGUCUUUAAUGUUUGAACAUUAUAUUAGCUAGGCUAGUAUUAAUUUUUGCUGUGAUCAUAAAUUGGAUUUGAAAAUUGUGAAAUUUCACUCUAGUAUCUGAAAUGUUGGUAUCAUGAAGUUAUAUAGGUCAAAAACAACAGAAGCAGCAACUUUAUUUGUUUGGGGGGGUACACUGUGUAAACAGGACACAAGUAAUGCUUUAUAUUACUUGACAUAAAGCAAGUAAAUACCUAAUGCUAUGUUGUGGCAAUUUUCUAUUUC